CGUGAAGGUGUGAAAAAAAGUGUCGCCUACCGCAUGUUAAAUUUGUAUUACUCAAUAGAGAAAGCUCCACGCCACAAUGACGUACAACCUAGAUGAGCUUAAGAAGCGGUCCGUCGUGUCGGGCACCUCUCACAACUUAAACAGCAAUCUCAAACCCUCACCGAAGCAUGAGAAAGUUACGGAAGCAUCGAAGAAAAUCACCGAAAUUACCCGAACCCAUCCAACGGCGUACGUGGUGUUCGCUUCCCUGCUGCUCGAUCUGCUGGCGUUCACGAUGAUACUCCCUCUGCUUCCGUCCCUGCUAGAGUAUUACCGCAAGAAUGACAAUCAGUUGUACGGCUAUCUGGCCAACAGUAUUAAGCAGUUCCAGGUGUGGAUCGGUGCCCCGGAGCGCUUCACGAGCGUCCUGUUUGGCGGUGCGCUCGGGUCCAUGUUUAGCUUUCUGCAGUUUCUAAGCAGCCCCAUCGUUGGUGCUCUUUCCGAUAUCUACGGUCGGAAACCGUUGAUGUUGCUGUGUGCGACGGGUAUCGCUGCAUCCUAUGGACUGUGGGCGUACUCGGAGUCGUUUCUUCUCUUCGUGAUAGCCCGCUUCGUCGGUGGCAUAAGCAAGGGUAACGUUUCACUCUGCAUGGCCGUCAUAACGGACGUAUCGAACCAACAGAAUCGAGGCAAAGCGAUGGCCCUGGUUGGGAUUGCCUUUUCGCUUGGGUUCAUCGCCGGUCCAAUGAUCGGUGCCAUGUUUUCACGGUACUCGGACAAAACCGGCACGCUAUGGUUUUUCGCGCCGGCCAUGUUCGCGAUGAUGCUGGCCGUAGCCGACAUCCUGUUUCUGGCAUUAUGCCUUAAAGAAACCCUACCGAAGGAAAAGCGGUCGACGAAAAUCAUCAAUUCGCUUUCGCACGCACUCGAUCAUAUCAGUAUUAGAGCACUGUUUCGAUUCUCGGCGGUGGAAAACCUACCGCAGAAGGACGUGCGUUCCCUACGAAGCCUUGGAGUUACGUACUUCCUCUAUCUAUUUCUGUACUCCGGCCUAGAGUUUACAGUUACGUUUCUGAUGUACCACAAAUUUAGCUACACCUCGAUCGAUCAGGCAAAAAUGUUCCUUACCACAGGCGUAUUGAUGGCAUUACUUCAGGGAUCGGUUGUGCGCCGGCUUCCGGAUCGGCUAGUGAAGAAGUCGGCCGUAUUUGGCCUAUACUUAAUCAUUCCCGCCUUUGUUACCGUCGGUCUAGCAGAAUCAUCACCGGUUCUUUAUUUAGGCAUGAGUUUAUUCGCAAUCUCGACUGCGUUCGUGGUCACAUGUAUGACGACAAUCACCUCAAAGUAUGGCGACUUUCACCAGAAGGGUACGGUGCUAGGAGUGUUUCGGUCGCUAGGAGCACUGGCUCGGGCCGUUGGACCAAUCGUUGCUUCCAUUGCGUUCUGGAGCGUUGGUGCCCGCAUCACCUACAUUGCCGGCGGAUUGCUCCUACUGUGGCCCGCCCUGAUGUUGCAGUACUUACAGCUCUAGCUUCCUUCAUCCCACCGUGCAAUUUUGUUGUAUUCCAUCAAUUCGUUUUUUCUGUAUACAUUAUACACGUAUUUAUAUACAAAAGUCCAUGUUGAUAUUUUGUACAUCAGUAUUUACUCCACUUUGGAUGCGUUUAUUUGUCUUUCCGAUUUUCACACGAAGUAUUCGUGAAUAGAAUGAAUAAUAAAAUAGAGAUAUGAAUAUCUA